AUUGGCUGCGGGAGAGUGUAGCGUCACUGCCACUGAGGGGGAGCUUUGAGGAUGCUCCGCCAAACUGGGAGGGAAUACAGUCGCUGGGAGUUUGCACUGAAAGCUCAGCCAUUAUCAGUUGGACACUGAGAACAGGGACUCCUCUGCAGAAUCUGAUUCCACCCCCCGUGCUUGUUGACUCUUCUGCUCUCUGCCAGCCGCAGCCAUGAAUUAUCUGCGUCGGCGUCUCUCGGACAGCACGUUCAUCUCCAACCUGCCCAAUGGCUACAUGACGGACCUUCAGAGGCCUGACCCUGCUCAGCCUCCUCCACCUGCUUCCACCUCACCUGCCAAGUCUCCUACAUCUGGACCAACACCUCCUCCGGCCACUUCCCCCGCUCCAGAGCGGAAACCUCAGCAAUCCCAGUCGACAGGAGCGGGUUUCUUUAGUUCCAUCACCAACGUUGUUAAGCAGACAGCUGCCUCAGCAGGGUUAGUGGAGCAGACCCAAGUCACGACACCAAAGAAGUUUAAGAUUCUCCUGGUCAUUGAUGAGCCACAGCAGGAGUGGGCCAAAUUAUUCCGGGGAAAGAAAAUACUUGGGGAUUAUGACAUCAAAGUGGAACAGGCUGAAUUCAGUGAGAUCAACGUUGUGGCUCAUGCCAAUGGAACCUGCAACGUCAACAUGCAGGUUCUCAGAAAUGGUACCAAGGUCGUCAGGUCAUUCAAGCCGGACUUUGUCCUCAUCCGUCAGCAUGCCUUCAGCAUGACCCAGAAUGAAGAUUUUCGCAACAUGAUCAUCGGCCUGCAGUAUGGCGGUGUCCCGAGCAUCAACUCCCUCGAGUCCAUCUACAACCUGUGCGACAAGCCGUGGGUGUUUGCCCAACUCAUUAACACCUACAGGAAGUUGGGUGCUGACAAAUUUCCCUUGAUUGAGCAAACCUUUUACCCAAACUACAAGGAGAUGGUAAGCAUGCCAUCAUUUCCUGUUGUUGUGAAGAUUGGCCAUGCCCACUCCGGUAUUGGAAAGGUGAAGGUAGAAAACCACAGUAAGUUCCAGGACAUAGCCAGUGUCGUGGCUCUCACCCAGACCUACACCACCACAGAGCCUCUCAUUGACUCCAAGUAUGACAUCAGGAUCCAGAAGAUUGGCAAUGACUACAAAGCCUACAUGAGAACGUCUAUAUCUGGUAACUGGAAGACCAACACAGGCUCAGCUAUGCUCGAACAAGUGGCCAUGACCGAUAGGUACAAGCUGUGGGUGGACACCUGCUCCGAGAUUUUCGGGGGUCUGGAUAUCUGUGCAGUUAAAGCAAUUCACGGGAAAGAUGGCAAGGAUUACAUCACAGAGGUGGCGGGUUCGUCCAUGCCCCUGGUAGGUGAACACCAGGCCGAGGAUCGGCAGCUCAUCACUGACAUGGUGCUGGCAAAAAUGAACGAGUCUGCAGAAAAGGAAGCUAAUGCUCCACAGAGACCCACCACCAUACAGCCCACACAGGGAGCUGGCCAGAAGGGAGAGAUUACUGGUGAACCCACUAAGAAUGGUGCUGGUCGUCCACCUCAAGGUUGUCUGCAGUACAUUCUCGACUGUAAUGGCGUUGCAGUGGGUCCAAAACCAGUCCAGGCCAACUGAGUAAACGCAGGAGUAGAGGGGAAUUCUCAGAGUCUAGAUAAUGAUAGAGUACCUUAGCCGAACACAAACGCAGACGCUGAGUGUGGAUGCUGAUCACUAGAAUCAGAUGUUGGUGAUGUGAGCUUGGUACAGCUGAGUGCUGGCCUGGACUGUGUUUUUUUAACUCUAUGCAGUGUCAAAAUGUACUGUCUACUCGUUGACCUGUUGAUUUGUGUGCUUGUAUAGGUCACCUAUGUUUCAGUAGCUGUGGUUUUUUCUUUGGGGCUGUUGUUGAUGAUGUAAAAAGCGGACCGUGCCUACACUGAGUCCAGUGCUGCUCUGUGCAACCUGUUUGACCCAGCUAUGAAUAUUUUAUUUGCCCCCGAUCCCUGUUUUUUUUUUUUUUUUCCUUUUCUUUUGUUGUGUAUCUUUAAAUAUUGUUCAAACUGUGGACAAUCGUACAGUUUGAAGUUUGUGUAUAUCUCAAUAUGUAUACAGUAAGUGGGUGUGUAUGACUGUAGUGGUGAUUAUUUUCGUACUUACACUAAUAGAUAUUUAUUUUUCUUUUGCAUGAUUGAUACAAAGGCAGGUGCAAGUCAGUUAUAAAUGUCCGAUCAAGUGGGAUGUUCAUGUAACACCGCUGUUACAUCGCUGUCUGUAUUUAAGCUUCGUUCCUUGUGAUUCAUGCAUUGUGAAUCUGUCAGAAGAGAUGCAUAUAUAUAUAAGUUACAGCGUACACAUACAGUACACACAUUUUGCCUUUUUUUUAAGUGCAUUUUUCCAUCCACAAUGUCACAGUGUCAUCAGAAAAGAGAUUAUUUAGAGCAAUUUAAGAGUAGGAAGAAUUAAAAUUAGAUUUAUUAAAGAGUAUAUCACAUAGGUUGCUGUGCAGGGGGUCUGCGCGCACAACUUCAAUAUAUUUGUAUAAUUUUAAACCAAAGAAUAUAUUUACUUUCAAUCAGUCGUUGCACUCAAGUUACCACACAAUGUAAAUACCGGUGAGGAGACUGUUCAGCCUGCAGUUUGUCACUUGGAGUGUGUAAUUUCAUCAGACAGCAGUGCUCCAAGAUGACUUCAACGUGCCUGUUGUAAAUCACACACCGGUGAGCUGCUGCUGUAUUCAAAUCGUCGUUGUCCUUUUGUUUUCAGUUGUGUGCAAGCAGACAUCUCUGAUUAUGAAACGCUGUGUAAUGUGUGAUCUGCUACGAAAUGCCAGACAUAAAAUCCCCCCCACCCCCUGUGGCUCUCGCACUCUCAUGGAGGUGUUGCCAUGACAACAAUGCAAGUGCUCCAAGGUUUAGUGUGGACUACUGUUGUAGUCGUAGUGUGUCUUGUGUUACUGCCACCACUAAGAUACCUGUGAUUUGAAAGAAAGUGCAAUAUUAAUCGCGUUUCCUUUAAUUCAAUAAUGUAUUUAGUUUAAAAUCAGAUCUUCCAUUGAGUUGGUUCUAAAAGCUAUAUUCAUCCACACAUUGAAUCGUUUUAAAACAUUUCAAAGCAAUUUCUUAUUUAUUUUAUUUAUUUAUUUAUUUUUUACACACAAUUGUCCAAAUUACUGGUUGUUGUCCACUGGCUUUUGUGGAGGCCAUUUCAUAUAUCUAAUACCCUAAAUGGUGAAACAGCUAAAAAGCAACCAAAUCAACUGUAAAAAGAAAUCUGUACCGUUUUCCAACAACUUGUCCGUUACUAUAGUAUAAAGUGUGUCCAGCAAGCUCUGUGUGCAGUUCUUUUCUAAGUUAUAUAAAGUGCCAUUGUAUCUGUGAGCGUAUCCUUGUGCAAGCCAUGCCUGAGGCUUUAUGGACGUGUUGUUCUGUUUAAUAGGAAAUAUGCCAUGACAUUGAUUUUACAAGGGAAGAUCAAGCGCAGGUACCCCAGUGUUAUAGCAGCAUGGUUAGGCCUUGUAUUUCGGUGGUCGUGAUUAAACAUUUGAGAAAUUAUAACUGGGCAUGUUUAUUGUGCUGAGGUGAAACGUUAUGUCUUCAGACCUGGUGGACUGUAGCUAUCAAGGGCCGUGGUACGUCUAAAACUGGUGUUGAGCUGUUUAAAUCGAGAGCAAAGUACAGUAUAAUAUUAUGGAAACAAAUUCCUCUUUGGAUAUUUCCCUCUGUCACUGGCAAUAAAGCUUCCUUUGCAAUAUA